CCCGCCCACCACGCAUGGCGGAUUCUACACGUUGUUGUUGGCUAAAAGAAAAACAAGUGAACGGUCCAUGUGGUGUAUUUGUAAUACGGUAACAACGGCGCUUGUAACGGUAGCGUAUCGUUAAAGUUAAAGUUAAAUACCGCUAACUGUUUUUUUUAAUUUGUUGGUAAGUAAACUAAGUUUUAUAGGUUAGCUAACUGGCUAAUGCUGAACAGUUUCCGGGAGGAGUCCAGUUUGUGUACAACUACCGGUAACAACAACAAGACUUCUGCAGUUUAUCGGGAGAAAAUGAAAGAAAAUAAUGCUGAGGAUGAAACAUCUGAUUGGACCAAGGCAAACCUCCAGAAGCUCUAUGCUGCAAUGAAAACCAGCAUCCCAGAACAAGACAGAAUGAGCGAGUAUACUGAAGGACUGAAAGCUGUUGACUGGCAGAAGGUAGCUUUCCCUCCUUUCUCUGCUCUGGCAUGCAGGAGAAAGUGGAUGGACAUUUUGCAGGAGAUGCGAAAGACUCGGACCCUCACAGAGCUCCUUGUUGAAGCCGAAGAUAGCCUUUCCAGUCCUGGCCAGACUAAAGAUGCGAAGAGCCUGCCUCCCAAGCCUGCUUUCAAUGGCUAUAAUCUUUUCUGCAAAGAGCAAGUGUCAUCUAUGGCGGGCGUCAAAAGAAAUGACUACGUGAGUAAAUGGGCCCAACGUUGGCGAGAUUUGACGGAAAAACAGCGGGACGAGUACAGCACACGCUGCAAAGAGCUGAAGAGGCAGUACUCGAUCAAGCUGGACAAAUAUCUGAUGACUUUUGAUGAAAAGGAGCAGCAGCAGAUCAUAAAUAAGCAUGGCAUCAAAAGACCGAAGGUCAUUAAAAGACAAGUGAAUCGUGUCAAGAAACUUCCUGGCGAGCCCAAGAUGCCAGCUAAAUCCAGUAAUUCAUUUUUCUGCAAAGAUCAGAUGGAACUUCUUAAGAGGGAAUUUCCAAAUUCAAAGGAGCGCUUCAUCAAGGCCAACCAAAUAUGGAAGAACCUUACCAAUAUGGAGAAGCAAUGCUACAAAGUGAAAGUCAAUGAAAAUUUUAGAAAAUACACGAUGGAGCUGCAGAAGUGGUUUAAGACAUUGAAGCCAGAAGAGCAGAAACAAUAUCGGAUGCGUAACCCCAGUAAACAUAAAUACCUUGAUACAACAGUUUAUAACAUAAAAGAAGAAAGUUUGGACAGACCAUCAGAUUCAGAAGAUGAAGACAUGGAGGACAGCAGCGGUGAUGAAGAAGAGGCGGAAUGUGGAGAGGAUGAUAAGGAGGAAGGAGAAGAAGAAGUAAAGGAUGACAUCAUGUUUGAGAUUUAUUAGAUGGUGACGAGACGGACAGCCGAACACACAGACACACAUCAAGUUCAGACCCGGAUUCUGGAUUUGAGAUGAUGAACGAUCCCUCCGAUGGCUGACUUUAACGCCACAAUGUUUGGCAGCCAUGUUGGAUGGAAGGUUGCCAGCACCAGUGCUCUUCCGGACUACAAAGUGCCGUCGGACCCCAGACUCCCAGGGACCACAAAAGGCCCAGGUUACAUACUGUGUUAAACUUCUUCAGAGUUUAAGUUUGGAAAAAAAAAAACACUAUUACAGCAUGUAUUAUAUUAGAGUUCAGAAUUGACUUAAUCUGCUUCAGAAAAAGAAAAACUAUUGUAACUGUAAGAAAUAGUAGGUCCUCUGUAAAAAAAAACAUGUUUUAAGACCUUCAUUAUCUCAUCUUACAUUGUGCUAUUGUUACCUUGUUCUGUUCUAAUCUGCCACUGGAAUACUGUUGACGUUGGGUUAAUAGAUUCAUCUGGUCCUUCCUACAACAUUAAUGCAUCUGAGGUAAAUCGAGCUAUCCUUGUGAAUAAAGGAGACUACGGGGACACCUUAUUGUACCAUUGCUCAACUAUUUUCAUACUAUGAUAACAAGUAUGUAUACAUUUAGAGAAAGCACCACGAGGAGCAGAUUUUACUAAUGAUGUUGGGCUCAAAAUUGUUGAACAGUUAAUCGAAUUAUGUGAUUUGUAUUAUCAGCUGUUUUACAUUUUUUUAAGUUUUGCAGUUUUUUUUUUAUCAUAGUACACCCUUGCAUUUUAUUGUUUGUUAAAAAAACAACAACUUUCUAAUAAAGAUGUUAUGUAAAGAUGUGAA